AUGAAGUCCGUCUUCCGCCCCUUCCCCUUACCGCUUAGCGGCCGGCAGAAGUUCUACCUCUUCGUUCUGCAAGGACUCGGAGCGGGAAUUAUCGACGCAGGCGCAAACUUUGGGAUCGCUUAUGCCAUGUAUAGCAAGCAAGACCAAGUGAAGCUCUGGAUCUUUGAUCAGAACACUAUUUCGGGAGACCUCGGCGUAACGCCCAUCAUCCAGACGCUCGCAUCCAUGAUCAUCUCCUCCACCCUCGUCCAUACCGAUCUUCACAACAGCAAAAUCCGGCCCCUAGCCUUUUGCUACCCCCACGUCGAGAACCUGCCGGACCCACGGUCGCUCUUCGGAAAGUCGGGCUCUCAAUCUGACGCUAUGCGGGGUAUAGGGCACGCCCACGCCCGCGGGGACUCUCACUCGCACGCGCACGCCCCCGGCUCGGACGAUGCGGUCACUGUGGCCGGAUCCCACCCCGCUACCCGUCGCCCUUCGUCAGAGAUGGACGAAAAAGCCCGAUCUCCCGUCCACCCCACCUCCGAGAAAAACGGUCUCGCCUACUACUACUGGAUGCUCGUCCGGUUCAUUUUUGAGGGGACGGAGCAAAAUAUGCUCGCUGCUCGGCCGGGCUUCCGGGCAUGGCUCGGCCGGCUGAUAUGGACGGCGGCACAAGGAGCGGCGAUCGGGAUCGUCUUUGGAUUCCCGAUCUGGUGUCUCUUCAUCGUGAUCCUCGGGCCGCUGUAUGGGAAUGGGAACCUAGGAGGGACGUGGGCGCCCCAGAUCAUCAAGGGUGUGUACGGGGCGGUAGUUGGCUGGGUGACAAACCCCGUCAUUGCGAUACUGGCACUAGGGAGUCAGGCGGAGCAGAGUCUGGUGGUCAUAGAGGCGGACGAGGAGGCGGAGGUGGGGACGGGAUCGCACGAAGAGGGACGAGAGGAAUUGGCGGAUCACCAAGGUGGGACAGAUCUAGAGGGAUCAGAGACGAUCCACGAGGGCGAAAUCUUCCAACCUCCUAUGGCGCCUGGAUCGAUUCGGCGGCCUAGCGCCAACUCCCUCCGCCUCGCCGAUCCCAGUCGGUCACCUACGAAAUCGUUCCACGCCUUACCCCGCCCUGGAACGCCGUCUCGGCCCGGUCGGUCACGCGCGGACUCGGAAACAUCUUCAUUCCGCGCUCCCUCAUUCCACUCCCGACCCCCUCUCACCGCCAAUACGUCGUAUCUCUCCCCUUUACCAUCUCCAUCGGACGUUUUCACUCCAUCAGGCACAGGCCGCGUACGCGCCCGUUCCAACGCACAGGCGACGACGCUCGCUCCGCCUCUCGACGCCGCAUCAGGCUCAGUGUCUGGCUCGGCCAGACAAAGAGGAGCAACGGUAUCUCACCCCUCGGGUACAGUUACAUCACCGGCGCUCUCACCGCCAAUGACGGCCGGGCCAGGAACGCCUCGGAUACCGAUGACACCGCGGUCGUUCUCGUAUGCGUUGGGCGGGACUGGCGGGCGGGCACAGCGAAGCAGGUCAGGCAGUGUGAUCAGUCAAGUGCCGAGUAUGCUGCCGCCACAGCUUGGGGCCGGAGAUGUGGACAGGGAUCAGCAAGGAGUGCCGAGGACGCCAGGCGGGAGGGACAGGGUAUGGGACAUCUUUGGGAGGAAAGAGGGUGUGCCGGGAGCCGGAGCAGAUAAGGUCAAAGAGGGGUAG